UAAAAGAAAAUAACAGCAGUGUGUCAUUGAGAUGAAGAUAAAAUGACUUAGGAUAUGUGUUAAAUAAAAAUCAAUAUGUAACAAUGAUAACUUUGGGAACAAAAUUUCAGUGUAUAGAUAUUAUUUAUAAAAAAUGAGAUUCUCAUCAUGCUCUGCCCUUAGACAAAUUGUAUUUUCGAAAUACAAUAAUUAUGUGACGCUUACAAAUACGGGACAUAAGAUUUUUGACAACUUUCCUCGACUCAUUGCUGCAAGAAAUACGAGCGACGCCGCCAGUCUACCAUUACCACCUUCGGCUACAUUUUUACAAAACGAUGACAAUGCUAAAGUUGUAUUAUUAGGUACCGUGCAUUUUAGUAAAAAGUCUGUGGAGGACGUUUCUGAGAUUGUGAAAGUUCUCAAACCAAAUGCGAUUCUAAUAGAGCUAUGUCGUCAAAGAGUAUCCCUCUUAGAAUUGGAUGACCGAAAGUUUUUAGAAGAUGCUAAAAAUUUAAAUGCACAGAAAAUAAAAGACGCUGUUAAAGGGCAGAGCUUUAUGUCUGGGAUGCUUCACGCCAUGUUAUUAAAAACCUACGCUGAUAUCGCCAAAGAACUGGGGGUAGCUCCAGGAGGGGAAUUCCGUAGAGCAUAUCAUGAGAUGAAGAAAAUCCCAGGAUGCAAAUUAUUUCUUGGCGAUCGGCCGAUACGCAUAACUAUAGCUCGGGCGUUCCAAUCCUUGACUGUCUUAGAGCUUGGACAAGUUCUCUACCACCUGACCACAUCAAAUCCAAAGCCUUUAGACAAAGACCAAUUAGAGAGAUAUAAAGAUAAAGACUACGUACAUGCUCAGUUUGAGGAAAUAACAAGGCAAGUGCCCGCGUUCAAAAAAGUGUUUCAUGUUUUUGUCGACGAACGAGAUAAAUGCCUGGCAUUUUCUUUGCAAGAAUGUGUUCGUAGUGUUGAAAAACCUCGAGUUUUGGGAGUUGUGGGUAUGGGACAUGUUGACGGUAUAAUGAAAUACUACGGUCAGAUGAAGCAAGAAGAUAUUGUACCCCUACUAUUCAACUAAAUCUUCAUGUGAUGAGCUCAAGUUCUUAUUUAUUUUAAUUAAGGAUCCCACGGCCACCGCUUUACAGGGUGUUGAUAGGGAUGGGUAUAAAAUAUACAUUUUAUUUUUUAAUAUUUUCUUUCGUAUACAGGCUUGUAUUUGGUUAAUAUUUAUUGUAUUUUACAAAAUAUAAUUUAAAUAAAAGAGUUUUAUUAUACUA